UGUAUUUUGAAUGUUUAUCUUGUUUAAUGAAGAAAGAAGAGAACAGGCAGAAUGUGGAGAGCUGUAAGUUAUCAGUGAAUUAAAAAAAAAAUCACAGUUCAUGGUGCUGAGGGUUUAUAAUAUAGGCAUCUAUUUGCUGUGUUGUUUUCACUGCAUUUUACUUUUCCACUUUAACUGUGUUCCUGAUAAGCUGUGCCUGUAUUGGUUGAAAAGUGGACUGGAACUUUGUAAAGUCACAGGAGGUCAGUAGGAUUUUAUAAAGAAAUCUAAUAAGAAGAAACAUUACAAACACCAAAGUUACAUCUGUCCUGUGGACACAUUUUGUAACACUGGUGCAUUUACUAGUCCAAAGAAAAGCACCUGGUCACUAUUAAUCUGAAAAUCCUUGGCACAGUGUUGCAGUAACCCAUGGCAACUGCUUCUGUGUCAACAGAAAUCUUGAACAAGGCCAGCUGCUGCUGUCCAGGACUGUGCAACACCAUUGGUUGGCUGAAUGAAUGACUUGCUAACUUUUCUAUUAUGCAUGCCAGUUUACCUUUAGUGCGUUCUUGAGCUCAUUCUCAGGUAAACAGAGCUGAGAGGCAGCUGGUCACAAGACACUGUCGAGCAACUGACAAGCGUUCAUCUUGGCUUCGAAAAAUGGAGUUGAUUGGAUCCACUCUGACAGCAACAUACGCUCGGCCAAAAAGCAGCCACUUUCUCCCUGCCAUCUCCACUAUGGCAUCCAGCUAUCGAAACCCCCAGGCAGCCCUGGUCAUGAAUCCCAAUGCCAGUCUGUGGAGGACAAACAGCUAUUACAAGAGCAACAGCACUAUCCCAUCCCCUUCCAUACAACGAGAGAAUUUAGAUUUGGUUCGUGCCAAGACGGUGUUGUACCCAUCCAACAGGAGUGCGCUGACCACCCGCUACACUCCAGAUGACUGGUACAAGUCCAACCACAACAACUACAGGGAAUCCGAGUCUUCCCGGAAAAGCGCAGAGAGACUAAGAAGAGACACCAUCAGGCUGAUGCAGGAUAAAGAGCAACUUACCAGACGAACCCAGGAGAAUACCAGCAAGAACAUAGGAGAAAGGCUCAAUGACAUUGUCUUUUGGAAGUCUGAGCUGAGCCAUGAGAUCGACAACAUGGUGACAGAGAUAGCAGCUCUUAAUGAGGUCAAAAGGAGGCUAGAGAGAGCCUUGGCAGAGACUGAAGGGCCCCUUCAGGUGUCUCAAGAGUGUCUGUACCACAGAGAGCGGCGGAUGUCCAUUGACCUGGUACACGAUGACGUAGAGAAAGACCUCAUAAAGGAGGUAGAAGUUAUAAAGUCAUGUCAGGAAAGGAUGAGGCGACAUCUGGACAGAGCCAUUGCUCAGCUAGCGUCAAACCGAGCAGCUCAACAUGAGUUGGAACGAGAUCUGAGUGACAAACUGACAGCGCAGAGGAUAGAUCAAAGGUGUCACCAUUUAAGGAACACAUCGGAUGGUAUUGGCUAUUACAGAGGAAUUGACAGACUAGACCCUUCAAUCUCUCUGCCUGACUCGUGGUCCAAGUUUACAGAUGACAACAUCCUGCAUUCCCAAAGUGAGCGAGCUGCCUCCCACAAGCUCAGGGAUGAGAUAGAAAUCCUGCUGAACGCCACUUCCAAUGAAAUGUGGAACCAGUUCAACAAUGUCAACGUAGCCUUCACCAACCGCAUAUCAGAAACCGGUGAUGCCAAGAACAGCUUGCAAACACACCUGGCUAAGACUCUACAAGAGAUCUUUCAGACUGAGAUGCUAAUUGAGUCAAUAAAGAAGGCUCUCAGAGAUAAAGAGUCCCCAUUAAAAGUGGCCCAAACGAGGCUGGAGGAGAGGAUCCGCAGACCCAACAUAGAGCUCUGCAGGGACAAUCCACACCACAGACUUGUGAGUGAGGUGAGAGAGAUCGAGGACACUAUUCGGAAACUUCAAGAGAGGCUGAUGGAGGCCGAGAACACUCUGCAGACUUUGGUGAAGACCAAAGUAUCCCUGGAACAUGACCUAUCUGUCAAAGCCAAUUCACUUUUCCUGGACCAGGAGAAGUGCAUGAGUAUGCGCAAGAGCUUUCCUAGCAUGCCCCGUCUGGUGGGCUACACCUAAAACCAAGUCUUAAAAGGAGGACCAUUGGAAGACCAAUGGAGUUAUUGUUUCUGUAGGUUUGGAGUGGUUUAAAUGAAGGUGUGGAUGACCUAAAUGUAAACACGAUGACUUUAAAAGCAGAUAUGCAGCAGUUUAUAAAAAGAAAUAAGCAAAAGAAUCAUAUGCAAAGGCAAAAACUUGAUAUCUACAGUUAAAUACAAUUACACAUAUGUUAUGCUACUAAUGUACUAAAUGGCAGAAACUUGUGUUCACACUUGCAACCUAUAUAUUAAAACCUUUAACAGAACUA